AUGUCGGACACGCGAGACUCCUACCCAUCGUCAAUCGUUCAGACGGUGCUGCUCGUUCCCAACGCCCAUUGCCCCACGUGUGCUGCCUUCAUCGAUGGCCUACUGGCGGACCUUCAUCCUCCGCCCGCCGCGGUGGCGACCUCAAUCGUGUCGCACACCGUGACCGUCCGUCAUGACCCGUCGUUGAAGCCGCGCGUGAUCGCAGCAGCGCUGGACAAGGCGGGCUACGAGGUGGAAUUGGCUAGCCUGGAGAGUGUGCGAGGUACGCUAUUCUGGUCACACUGGCGUGGCAGAGGCCUUGACACUCGAUCGAAUACCUUCCUGGGAGUCUUUAUGCGCUGGGUGCGAGGGGAAAGAGCAUUGGACAGGGAAACGAAGGAGAGGCAGCAUCAGAUGCACUGCGAGCUUUGCCGCGCCCAGCAGGCUGGAGACGAUGGCUAUUCCAGCCAGGUCGCCGACCAAUCCGGGACGGACCACUACGCUGUAGUGGUCGAUACUUUGUCCUCCCAGCCCGACAACGUCUUUCGAGCAACCCUAUCGAUUGCAGGGAUGAGCUGCAGUUCUUGCGUCGGCAAGAUCGUUGCCGCUAUGGAGGAAACACCGUGGGUGAUUUCGGUCGACGUCGCCUUGAUCACGCAGAGUGCGUCUAUUGAUUUCAGAGGAGAGGAAGCCAGUGCCGCGCAACUGAUCACAAUCAUCGAUGGCCUUGGCUAUGAGGCGAGCUUGGAAGGUAUUACGAGGCUUUCAACAAAGGCAGAGUCCAAUCCACGAGCUACCUCGGACGUAUGCAAAGCCUUCUACGCGAUCGAGGGGAUGACGUGCAGCUCCUGCAUAGGCAUUGUCACAGAAGCGAUCCGAAACCUCAGCUGCGUGCAGAACGUGGAUGUCAACCUUGUCAACAACAGCGCGACGGUCGUUCUGGAAGGGAAAGGAAACUUGGACCUGGUUACUACUGCAGUCGAGGAUGUUGGUUAUGGAGCUACCUUGAAUGACGUGGUUCCCACGUCCACUGAAGCCGGAUCACAUGGCGAGCGACGAUCAGUGUCAAUCAAAAUCGGCGGAAUGUACUGUCCGCAUUGCGCCGACAGGGUUGCUAAUGCACUCCACCGGUUCGAUGGGCGGGUAUCACUCGAUAAGUCGGCGACGAUGGAGGACCCGAUCGUUACGAUUUCGUAUUCUCCCAAGGCGCCGUACUUUACUAUCAGAGCCAUCCUCAGUGCCAUUUCAACAGCGGAUCCGGAGUUUAUACCGAGUGUCUAUCACCCUCCUACGCUCGAGGAGCGCGCGAGGCAGAUGCAUGCUCGCGUCCAGCGGCGCAUAUUCUAUCGUGUUCUCCUUUCGGUCAUCGUCGCCAUUGCCACCUUCAUCAUUGGCGUCGUCUAUAUGGCUCUUGUUCCCAUGAGCAAUUCUGAUCGACGAUAUCUCAUGGAACCAUUACAUGGUGUUAGUCGUGCAGAAUGGGCACUUUUCAUUAUGGCAACUCCCGUCUACUUCUUUGCAGCCGACAUUUUCCACCGUCGGACAAUCAAAGAAGUCUACUCUAUGUGGAGACCGGGCAGCUCAAUCCCUAUACGACGCAGGUUCUACCGCUUUGGAAGUAUGGACAUGCUGAUUUCUCUCGGCACCACAAUCGCUUACUUCUCGUCUCUUGCUGAGCUGAUAAUUGCGGCGGCAUCGCCUAGCAUGGACAGCUCUGGCAGAACCACGACGUAUUUUGACUCGGUCGUAUUUCUGACAAUGUUUCUGCUCGUUGGGCGGCUGAUUGAAGCAUACAGCAAAGCCAAGGCUGGAGAUGCUGUGUCUACUCUGCAGCAUCUGCGUCCCAGAGAAGCACUCCUCACGCUACCCGAUGACGAGCAAAAAGCUGAUGGUCACAUCCAACCUGUCGGUAUCGAUAUGGUCGAUCUGACUGACAUCAUAAGGGUGGUCAACGGCGGUUCUCCGCCUUGGGACGGGGUCAUCCUUUCCGGGACCACUAUUUUCGAUGAAUCUUCUCUGACCGGUGAAUCGAAGCCUUUGACAAAGACCGCUGGUGACACUGUCUAUUCCGGCACAAUCAACAAAGGCGGGCCUAUUUCAAUUGAAAUUACUCGAAUGUCGGGGGUUUCGAUGUUGGACCAGAUCAUCAAAGUUGUACGCGAGGGCCAGGCGCGCCGCGCGCCGAUCGAGAACGUAGCCGAUAUUCUUACCAGCUACUUCGUCCCUGUUAUUACACUCCUUGCUAUCGCGACGUGGCUGAUCUGGCUGGGGCUUGGAGUAUCUGGGACCCUACCCCCAAACUACUUGGAUGUCGAGGUGGGCGGCUGGCCUUUAUGGUCUUUACAAUUCGCUAUUGCGGUCUUCGUUGUCGCGUGUCCCUGCGGUAUCGGCCUCGCUACGCCAACCGCGCUGUUUGUCGGUGGAGGCUUAGCAGCUAAGCAUGGCAUUCUUGCUAAGGGAGGCGGAGAAGCAUUCCAAGAAGCGAGCCGUCUGGAUAUCGUUGUUUUCGAUAAGACCGGCACUCUCACGCAAGGUGGCGAUCCCAAAGUGGCUGACUAUCAAUUCUUGCUACCUACCAAUUCUGUCCCAGGUGAGCAGCAGAUUCUGGCCGCACUCAAACAUCUUGAAGGGAACAGCAGUCAUCCAAUUGGGAAAGCAGUCGUCGGUUUCUGCCAAUCAACGCCCGAGACAGGCAUAAAAGCAAAGCAUAUCGAAGAAAUGGCCGGCAAAGGGAUGCAAGGGGCCUUUGAUGUCCGCGACUUGUCGCAAGGCAUGGAAAUGCUAGCGGGAAACGAGGCUCUUAUGGCCGACCACGGAAUAUCCCUUAACAACAGGAUCUCCGCUACCCUGGACGUAUGGAAGGGCCAAGCAAAGUCAGUGGUCAUUGUAGCAAUGAGAGAUGCUUCAACCCCGGAGAAGACCUUUUGGGAGCCAGCAGCAAUCUUUGCAAUUUCUGAUGCCAUCCGGCCGGAGUCCCGCUUCGUUAUCGAAUCACUUGCGCAUCAAGGCGUGGAAGUGUGGAUGCUUUCAGGGGACAACCCAAAAACAGCUUGUGCUGUUGGCGCAAUGGUUAGCAUACCAGAAGAGCGUAUCAUUGCUGGUGUACUUCCACAGCAGAAGGCUGCCAAAAUCCAGUAUCUUCAGAGGAGCCAGGUGCCAAAGAGGUCACAAUCCUUCCUCGGGCUGGAAAGCGCACGUUCGAACCGAAGAGCGGUCGUGGCAAUGGUUGGCGACGGCGUGAACGACUCACCUGCAUUGACCAUUGCGGAUGUUGGUAUCGCUGUGGGUUCUGGAUCGGAUGUGGCCAUAUCCGCGGCCGACUUCAUCCUCGUCAAUCACGACAUGACGACGUUACUGACUUUGGUCAGUCUCAGCCGCGUAGUCUUCUGCAGAGUCAAGUUCAACUUCGCCUGGGCUCUUAUCUAUAACCUUCUGGCUUUGCCUAUUGCUGCAGGAGUUCUUUACCCAGUGAAGAGUAAUGGGACACGUAUAAGGCUGGAUCCUGUCUGGGCUAGUCUGGCCAUGGCCCUGAGCAGUAUUAGCGUGAUAUGUAGUAGCCUGAUCAUGAGAAGCAGACUGCCCGUGGUCGGAUACCGAGCGGCAGGGGUUGGCAUGCGUCCAUAA